CACCCUGCAAAGUGCCUCGCAGCCGCCUCAGGCCCCGAGUGGCGUGUGACCAUGGCCCAGUGACAGGGACAAAAGGUGCAGUCCUCCCUGUGGGAUGGGGGCCAAUGCUCCCCCGUCCGGACUGCGCCUCCCCACCAGCCCCAGCCCCUCGGACGCCUCACUCCCCAGGGCGGAAGAAAAUGCAAAAAGCGUUAAAUUGCGGAGAACCCUGCAAAAGAGGCGGCAACACGGCGCCGGGACCUUGAAGAUGGUGAGCAGCCAGCCGAAGUACGACCUAAUCCGGGAGGUGGGCCGAGGAAGCUACGGCGUGGUGUACGAGGCGGUCGUCAGAAAGACCUCCGCCCGGGUGGCCGUGAAGAAAAUCCGCUGCCACGCCCCGGAAAACGUCGAGCUGGCGCUGCGCGAAUUCUGGGCGCUGAGCAGCAUCAAGAGCCAGCACCCCAACGUCAUCCACCUGGAGGAAUGUAUCCUGCAGAAAGACGGGAUGGUGCAGAGGAUGUCACACGGCUCCAGUUCUUCCCUCUACUUACAGCUGGUAGAGACGUCGCUCAAAGGAGAGAUCGCCUUCGACCCCAGGAGCGCCUACUACCUGUGGUUCGUGAUGGACUUCUGUGACGGAGGGGACAUGAACGAGUUUCUGCUGUCGCGGAAACCCAACCGCAAAACCAACACCAGCUUCAUGCUGCAGCUGAGCAGCGCCCUGGCCUUCCUGCACAGGAACCAGAUCAUCCACCGCGACCUCAAGCCGGACAACAUCCUCAUCUCCCAGAGCCGGGCGGACUCCAGCGACUCGGAGCCGACGCUCAAGGUGGCCGACUUCGGGCUGAGCAAGGUCUGUUCCUCCGCCUCCGGGCAGAACCCGGAGGAGCCGGUCAGCGUGAACAAGUGCUUCCUGUCGACGGCCUGCGGCACGGACUUCUACAUGGCCCCCGAGGUGUGGGAGGGUCACUACACGGCCAAAGCGGACAUCUUCGCCCUGGGGAUCAUCAUCUGGGCCAUGGUGGAGAGAAUCACGUUCGUGGACACCGAGACCAAGAAGGAGCUCCUGGGCAGCUACGUGAGGCAGGGGGGCGAGAUCGUCCCCGUCGGGGAGGCCCUCCUGGAGAACCCCAAGAUGGAACUGCUCAUCCCCGUCAAGAAGAAGUCGAUGAACGCCCAGAUGAGGCAGCUGAUCAAGGAGAUGCUGGCCGCCAACCCCCAGGACCGGCCGGACGCUUUCGAGCUGGAGCUCCGUCUAGUCCAGAUCGCCUUCAAAGAGAGCGGCUGGGACACGUGACGGCCGGGUCGCGUGACGGUAGAGCCCCCCCCCGCCCCGCCCAGGCCGGUCCGGUCGUGUGACGUCGGACGCCCCAGCCCCCGUCGAACGGGGCUGACGAUAGGGGUGAAGCCAAACUCCGCCUCCGGAGGGUCGAGUUGGCACGGCGGGGUGUUCUCUCUUUUGGUUUUGUCUCUCGAUCUCGUUGCGGACCAUCCACCCGUACACAUUGGCCAUUUUGCCCCCAGGACGUCGACGAGGGAAUCCCCCCGAAGCGUUCCGCCUAAGGCGUGUAAAUAGAAACGACCCCCCGGGAGGCCGCCUGAGGAAAGACAGGAGAGCGCCCCCCCGCUUCCUGGGAACAGAGCCUGAAGGAUCUUCCACAUUCCGCUUCCCCGUUGGUUCCCUGUCUGGUCCUCCCGCGGAAGAGAGUUGCAUGCUGGCAAUGCAGAACACGGGUCUCCGGGAGACGACAGACCCGCCUGUACAUAUUUGUGGAUAAGUCGGCCCGGGGAUGUGGGCACUGCGCAUUCCCCAGGAAGAAAAUGCCACUUCUGUUUAAGUUAUUUGCCGUGGUGCCGUGGUGAGGCGUUUGGGAUUUGCUGGUGAAUUCGGGAUGGCCCACCCACCUCCCGCUAAAUGAAAUUAUUCUGAGUUUUUAUUCUAGAGUCCCGAAGGAUUUUGGAGGGGCUGAAAGGUCCAGAUCCCCGGACACAGAUGAAUACGAAAGAGCUGCAAGGUCUCCGGACAGGCCAGAGGGGACCUCUCGCUGCUCGGCCUGCCGGAGAGCGAGGGAGUUGAAUUUCAGAAUCCGGCAUCCGGGGGUGUGAGAGGAGGGGAGGGGUGCGGAGGUUAGGUAGGAGGCCGGCCAGGCUAUUAAUCAUUCAGCCCGACUCUCUUUUGGGUAACCGGACACUUGUUUAGCCGAUUAGACCCAGAGCCCGUCUUCACCCGUGGGCCCACGAUCAGGCCGAAACCAGAUCGCUGGAAAGUGGUCACCCCGGCGAAAACGGGCAGGUGAAGCCCUUCCAGGUCCCGAUGCCACGACCCGGGGACCUGAAAACAUUUCCGGAGGUGCCUCCGGGGGAGGCGGAACCCCGAAAUGGCCCCGCUCCGUCUUACCCCCUCCCCCCGCCCCUUUUCCCUGGUCCCUUCUCUCGUUCCCCCUUUGGGUCUCCUCUGUUCCAGCUGGCGCUGCCGCUCUUUGGUGAACCGGCGAUCGAGGCUUCCCGCCGCCUCCGUCAAGGAAGCCCCUUCCCCUAGCCGGGGAGGGCAGCGGGAGGCGCGCGUUGGGAACUGAGCCAGCGCACCACAUCGCUCAAGCGGCACCCGGCCGACUCUAGCCCGCCACUUGGUCGACCGAUAACAUCGUCAGGGAGCGACUGUUGGGGUUUGGGGGUCGCUUUCGUUUUAACUCCAGAAGCGACGGGGUUGACUCUUGGCGCUAGGUAACCCGUAUCUAACGAAAGGGAGCCGUCCCAGAGCACACUACUAGUCUUUUAAGAUGGGCUCGGGGACCCGUCGGUGGUUGAGUCGGUCUUCGGAAGGCUUUGCUGUCCUAGGAUAAGGAUGUCGUAAAGGGAUUUAUCGGAAGGUGAAAGUGAACUUUAGUUUUGUCUUGUUUCCCCCGUUCUUUUUCAACUUCCGGAAGUUCUUAAGGACUUCCUCCCCAACCACCCAUUUACCUGAAGUGGGCUCUGGUCUUGUGGUUGGAACAAGGCCCGGGAGCCGAAAGCAUGGAGCUUUCAGGCAUUUGUUCAGCGCUUCCUUUGCUCAGUGCACUGUACUAAGCACCGGGGUAGAUGAUAUAAGCAGAUCGGACACGGUCCCUGUCCCACGUGGAACUCGCAGUUCGGGAAGGAGAAGCGGGGACUUAUUCCCAUUUCGACAGAUGAAGAAACUGAUGCCCAGAGAAGUUAAGUGACUCACCCGGGGUCACUCAGAGGGCAGGCGGCGGAGCCAGGAUUAUCACCCAGCUCUCCUGACUCCCAGGCCCGUGCUCUUUCCGCUAGGCCUCGUGGCUUCGGAGCAGAUGCGAGGUUCGGAGCAGUGAGCUUUGAAUCCACCCCAACGAGCCCAUCCGUUUGGAAGGACGGAGUGGUUGGCUUCUGUCGUCUCUUUAAAUCAGUUCGAGGGACAGACUGGAAACGUCCGCGCCGUGCGUGCACCUGGGGCCGUUUCCCAUUUCUGGCCGGGAAGGUCUUGAGGAGAAUUUAUCCCUGUCCCGAGAGUCCCCCGAGCCAGGCUCGGCACCCGACUCCCGUCGCCAGCCCCUUCAGACCUCCUCUCCCCCGACGUGGAGGGAUGUUUUUAGCGCGUUAGUAAAUUUGGAACGUGUUUCCCUGUGUUCAGAGAUGACCCUGGUACGUAGCAACGGGCUUUCCUCCUGGGACGCAAAAGGUAGUCCUUGGAAACUUCCUGGUAGUUUAAGAUAGAAUCAGAACCGAGGCAGGAAUGAGAGUCAUUUUUAUUGGUCUCCAAUGAAGAUGCCUGAGUCUUAGGAGAGACUUCUGGACUGACUCACAGAGGCCUGACCUCAAACCUCUUGGUGAUAGCGAUGGUAUUUAUCGAGCCUCCCGGGGGCUCGGUGCGCUGAAUUGAAGUGCACCAGAAGCACUAAACACAUUCCCUGCCCACAAAGAGCUUCCACUCCGAACGGGGGUGACUGUUACGGAAAUCUUUUCCCAGAAAUCCAGAAUAAGCAAUCGCGGAUAACGGUGGCUACAGGCGAGGGCAGAGGGACGGUAUGAAUUCAUUCUAGCGGGGUUGACGCGGCCCACGUCGAACCUGCGGAGACCCGAGAUCGAACGUGGUAUAAAGGAACCGGCCAUCGGUGUGGGUCGUAGCAGUGGCGAUGUCUAGCGUUCCUAGGGAAUGGUAGAUUCACGCCUGUGGAGUUUUUGCUUUCCAGUAUUGAACAGCGUAGCCCGCCGAACACUUUUGCAUCUGUCCUCCGUGUCUCCCCCCCAGCCCCAGAAUGACGUUUCACAAAUCAAACUAUUGUAGCAGCUACAGAAUAUUUCACCAGCAUGACAGAGCGGUCAAAAAAAUAAAUCAAUCAUCAGCACUUCAGAAAUGAAACAAACUUUUGAAAUUUUUCUUUCAAAGUUGUAAAUUAUAUUUUAUGAAGAAUUUAUAGAAAGGGAUGGGAAAUGAUUGUAAUUUAUUGUUCAUGACAGUUUUCUAAAAUAAAGUCUGACUUCAAACCAAAA